AUGUGCUUACCGUCGAACCCGUUCGUCAACGACACGAAUCGUACCGCGGUUGACGCUUCCUUCAUUCGACAAUCGAUGUAUCGCUACCUCGACUGUUGCCAUUUGAUCUGGCCGCCAGGAGAGCGUGAUUUUCAGCAAAAACAAUCCCAAAUCACGGGGCGGCUGGACAACGAGGCCCGUCACGACCGAUGGAGCCGUCAUUUUCAGGCAUCGCCACUUCGGCGACCUCUCUUUACGAGGAAGAGACUGCAGUUUCGGCCUCGUUCACAUCCCGUCCGGCCCAAGACUCGACGGCCAACACAUUCGAGGCGACGUUUGACCACUGCCAGCAUUCUAGACUUCAGUCUAGAGACACGCAAGCUGUACCAUAGGCCAAACAACCAGGCAACCGAGCCAGCAACCGGCCGGCUGGGUCAUGAUUACCGACUUUUUGUGUCUCAAAAACUUUACUGCUUCGCCGUCUCUCGAGCCCUCCAUCUUCUUCUUUCUAUCCUUCUCUCUAUCUCCCCAAAUGCCAGUCUGCCUGGUCAGGAAGUUGGAUGCCCGGCUUUCCCUGUCUAUCUAUCCACCUGCCGACCUGUUCAUCUAUCCAUCUAUUGA